AUGAAUAAAUUUACUUUGUUUUUCAUAGACAAAAAAAUUGAGGCGCUUUAUUAGAAUGAAUCACUGUCGCAAAUAAGAAUUAAGCAUUUUAAUAUUAUUACAAAAGGAUAUAUAGCUGCAUUCUUUUUCAGAUGCUUAACAUUUUUAAUAAGUAGCGAUCUAAAAAGUUUUUAUCCAAACCUAUUAAUGCUAAUACUUUUUGUUUUAUUAGUUAUAUUUCUAACUAGAAGCACUUUAAGUUUAAGAAUACUUUCAGUAAUUGCAAAUCAUGCUUUGACCCUUUUUUUUUAUAUAUAUGAUGAAGAAGUUGAUGCAGCUGUUUCACAUUUAAAAGGAGCUAAUCAGAUGGGAUCUUGUUUUAUCAUUAUAAUGGGAAAUGAGUUUCCAGAAGCAUUAUUAUAAGUUUUCUCAAUAACGAUUCUAAGAAUAUUUUUCGUUUUGUAUAAAGCAUAGGCACUAAGCUUAUAUCCUAUUACAAAUCUCAUAAUUGUUUCUAUUUUUUAUUUAUUUUUUCAUUACAAAUACAAUGAAGCAAUGAGAGCAUAAUUUAUGUUAAUAUAAAGAGAUAGACAAUGGGAAAGAAUAUUAAAAUAAUUGAUAAACAAGGAAUGUUAUAUCAUAAUAAAUUUUAAUGAAAAUUCUUUUUAGUUUGAAUAUAUGAUGGCAAAUAAUGCUAUAAAAGGAUUAGAAAAUAAAGAAUAAAUUUUUAAUUUUCUAAAAGAAGCUUAAUAUUAAAAGCAAUCUUUAAAUAAUUAUAUAUAUUUUUAGAUGAAAUAAUAUCAGAAAAAUAGAAUGGAUCUUUAUAGAUAAGAGAUAUUCCUUAAAUAUCAAAGAGAAUAAAUAAAAUUAGAAUUUUCUAUAUUCUUCUCAAACCAACCAACUAUUUUAUUAGUUUUUCAUUAACCUAAGUUAAGGCUAACUAACAAAUCAGAAAAUUGUAGUAACAAAGUUAUUUCUUAGUACUUAUUAACAUUAUUAAAAUGUUUAAAAAAGAAAUAUAAAUCUAAACCAUCAUAUGUUAAUUUUUUAAAAAAGAUUCGAUUAAUUGAAAUCUAUGAUAAUCUAUAAAGUAAUUGGGAAACAAAAAUAUAAGAAAUCAGUCUUUGGAGUAUCAUUUCAGAGCAAGUCAAAUAUUUUCCUAGCCUAAUUGUAAUGUUCAAUUUACCUUCUUCAAUAAUAUUAAAAACAAAUCAAGACAUCUUAAGUUUAGUUUUAUUUAAAAUAUUCUCAAAUACUAAUACUUGCUUGAUUAGAUUGAGUUAUUCUUUUCUGAAAGAAGAUAGGAUCUUACUAAAAUUUUCUGGAAAAUUUAAUGGCAAAAUAAUUCUCUAAUUUUUUAAGUUAAAUAAAGAGUAUUUAAUGAGAUUCGUAGAAUUAAGAGAUAUAACAAAUUAUAGUAAAAAUUGUGAUAUAUAUAAUUAGGUAUUGAUAUUUGCUUUGAGAAGUUUCCGUUUCUACCUUUUACUGGUAGAGAAAUUAAUUAGCAAAAUCUUCAUAAUUUAUUGUGA